GAGCGCUAAAGGGGAAGUGCAGUUUGAGAACCGGGCUAGCGCUCUCCUCCCCGGCCGCGCGGACUCCAGCGGCCUCUUCUACAAGUCGGUCCGGGAGAACCUCAUCGGACCCCAUGGCCGACUGCUGCACGGGAAAGAAGCUUUGCUACUGCCUUCUUCUGUGCUUCCUGGUGGCGGGGAUCAUCGGGGGGGCGAUCGGAAUCCACAAGUGGUACCACUCCGGGCUCAACAGGUGGCACGGGCUAGGCAGCACCGCCGAUUUUCAGAAAAUCAUCCAAGAGCGAUGCGACACCUACCCCCAGCAGAUCUGGUCGUAUUCCAGAAGCAGAAACUGCCAAGAGAUCAAGCAGGCAUUCAUGAGUGCAUUCAUUUCCAAGGAUCCCUGCAAAGCGACAAAGGAAGACUACAGACGACUGAUCGACCUGGCAGAUUCCACUGUGCCUUGCAACAAGAGAGUCUUAUGGAGCAAAACAAAGGAGCUGGCUGGUGAAUACGCGAAAGUGCGGGGCCUGGUGACCCUGGAGGACACACUGCUGGGUUCCCUUGCAGACGGCCUCAGCUGGUGUGGAGAGCCAGGCUCUUCUGAUUUGAACACGUGGUCUUGUCCAGACUGGAAGAAAGACUGCAGAACAAACUAUCUUACUGUAUUCUGGGAAGUGCUGUCCGAAAGGUUUGCAGAAAGUGCCUGUGGUACAGUCCAGGUGGUGCUCGACGGGUCGCUCGAGAACGCCUUUAAUGAAAUGAGCAUAUUUGGACGAGUGGAAGCCCCUAACUUGAAGCCAGUGGUUACACUACAGGCUUGGCUGGUACAUGACCCUGGAAAACCUCCCCGUGACUCAUGCUCUGGCUCCUCUAUAAUGAAACUGAAGUCCAUCUUAAGUGAAAGAAAUGUCAGAUUUAUCUGCAGGGAUAAUCUCAGCCGGGACGAGUUUCUUGGAAGAUUCUGAGGAUUUAUCUUGCGGAUGAGUCAAUCAGCAUGGCUGAGCUCUGGCAGUACAGAUCAACACACACGAUUCAGGAGACGUGCUGGCGGAAAGUUGGGACUUUGGGGGGAAACUGUCGUCAUAAAAUUAACACCAGAGAUGGAAACCUUUUCCUCUGGGAUCUUAAAAUAACUUAUGCUAUUGACAUAGUUUUUAUCUUGAUCUAAUAGUCAAGAAAAAUUAAUUAUAAUAUAAAGUUAGAGUAGAAAUUUUAUACAGUUUUUAUUUCAUUUUUCAUAUGAUUCUUUUAUAUUGCUAAUAUGUUGGUAACAUCCUCUCUGUUGAAGAAUGAGCUCUCCAAACCUAUUGGCCGGUCAAGGAAAAUAAAUGCCCAGACUUUUCAGCAAAGGUCACGUAUCAAAAUGAAUGACCUUACCUCAAGAUAUAUUUUUGUAUCUUUCCUACAGAUAAACUCUAGAUGCCAUGGCUAUGGGUCAUGUUACAUUCUGUAGGAUGUGAGUUACUCCUGUGUUUGUUGUUUUAUCUCUAAUCCUUCCAACAGCCCUGUGAGGUUGAUAUUACUAUCCUCCAUUUGUUAAAUGAGAAGAAUAAGUUCAGAAAGUUUGUAUAAUUUCCCAGAAGUCAUACAUUUAGGUCAAGGCAGAGAAUGAAUUUGAACUCAACUUUAUUUCCAAGAUUCACGUGCUUGCCCUUUCUAGGCAGAUAAUACUAGAUUGAUAGUCCUUAUGUUCUCUUCUAAUGAAUGUAUGUUGGAUUAAAUUGAAUACAAUAGAAUCUGAAACGUGAUUUGUCUGCAUAGCUUCAAAGCAGGUACAUUUUUUCAUCCUCUUCCUUGCUUCUCCUCAUUUCCCUGUCUUAUGUAGGAGUCAGUUAAAAUGUAUUUCUUUGUUCUUGAUGCUGACAGUUUGUUUCUCACUUGAAUUUUACUUGAUUAGUCUUGCUUGGGAAUGAUCAUUUUUACUACUCUUAAAGAACCAACAUUUAACUGUUGAUUUUCUCAUUCCACUUAUUUAGGUUUUACUUUUCUCUGUAUUGUUAGAGAUAGAGAGAGUCUAAUUUCUUUGUAUUUCCUUAUUCAGCUUCUUAAGAUGGAAAUUGCGAUCACUGAGUUUGCAGAACUCAAACUGUGUGCAUUUUAGUACUAUAAUUUUUCUUCUGAGUGCUGCCUUAGCUGCAGCUCUUAAAAUUUUUGAUAUGUCUCUUUUCCUCAUAAUUUAAAAAUAUUUUCUGAUAUAACUGUUACUUCAAAAUGUGUUGCUUAAGUUUUAAACAUCCAGAUAUUUUCUACUUCUUUGUUGUUCUUGUCAAAACAGAAGAAGCAUUGAGUGGAGAAUUGAUAAACUCAUUUGGAAAUCCUUCAGGGAGCCCAGUAGGUUUGUUGAAAACAGCAUACAUUUUGAAGUCGGACGUUUCUGGGUCCAUAUUUUGGCAUCAGUCGGUGCUUUAGAAUGAAAUACCUAAUCUCUCUGAACUUCAGCUUCUUUGUCACUUAAAUAAGGAUUAUAAAUUUACCCUCAUCAGAGUGUGGUGAACACUAAAGAAGAUGACAGAAACUGACAGUCUAACACAGUGAGUCGUAUGUAAGAAUUCACUAGAACCUCGUAGAUGCCCUUCUGCCUGCCCUUUGAUUGACAGUCCAGUUCCUGUCAGGAGUUCUUGCAGCUACCGCCACCGCCACCAGCGCAGGGGUUCUUCACCAGCCCGUUCUCCGCCUUCUCGUGGGAUGUGGUCUUGGCUGGACAUGCAAAUAGGUGCUAGGGACCAGUUCUGGUUAAGGUGCAAUCUUGCCUCCUGCCUACCUGCAGAACGUCUUCAGAAAUAGGUCCCUGCUAAUCCACUGGGUAACCCAGCUGUUUUUCUUCUCAAGACUCUGCUUUAUUGCUGGGCUAGCUUGCUGAGUUCCGGGUCCUUUAAUGUACCUUCCUUGUUUACCGGGAUACCCCAUGAGGUGGCUCCCUGUGUCAGGAAAGUUUUGUCCUUAACAUCUCCUUUCAGUGAUGAAAUGGAUAGAGUAAAAAUCAGUUUGUGAGACUCUUCCCCUCAAGAAGACUCGUCUGAGUGCUUAAGGUCACAGCUGGUGGACACCAAAGAGGAGGCUGGUCCCCAGGUUGUCACGCCUGCUGCAGAGCGCCCUGAGGGCCCUGGAGGCGGCCGGGGGCUGAGGUGCUAUUUGCUCCUCACACCACCUUUGCGUCUCCAUUAGCAUGAUGCUUCGUCCAUGACUCCGCUCUCCCUGUAGUUCUGAUUUUGCAUCUUUGCCAUUGACCAUGCAUCAUGGGCCUUCCCUGGUGGUUCAGCUGGCAAAGAAUCCACGUGCAGUGCAGGAGACGCUGGUUUGAUCCCUGGGUUGGGAGGAUCCCCUGGAGGAGGAAAUGGCAAUGCACUCCUGUAUUCUUGCCUGGAAAAUCCCAUGGACAGAAGAGCCUGGCGGGCUCCAAUCCACCGGGUCGAAAGAGUCAGAUAUGACUCAGUGACUAAAUCGUGUGUCUCUAGCCCUAAGGACUUUUUCCGUAAGUAGAUCCUCUAUAUCGCUCUUCUUAUAAGUGACAUCUCUACCAAACUGCUGAUUGCUCAUCAAACCUCAUAUUUUACUCCUAAACCUGCUAUGCCUUAUCUCCCCACUUCAUUCCUGUGUGCUCUAGAAAAAUCCUGUCACUAUCCCAAAUUUUACACACCACCAUAUUCACCCAAAGGCUCUGGGAAUGAACCGUAGCCUCCUUUCCCGUUUCCAGCUCCUCAAGGAGCACUAUUUUCCUUCUCUAAUGGCUUAUGACUUGACAACAUUUGAGGCACACUUUCAAACACAGUUCUGAUAGUUGGAAGGAUACACAUAUGCACGUAUGGUGUAUAUGUGUACAUGUGUACACACAUUUUUCUCAGUCCAUAGGGAUGCUGCAUUUAGUAGGUCUUUCUUAGUCCCAUUUGUGUCGACCUGUUUCGCACCACAUCUGUGUCUCUUACAUACUUGGCAGACAAAGCCAAGUACAUGUCAAAUAUUUUGGGAAAAUACAUUCUUUUCGGCUCGACAACUUUCUGUGCCUUUCCACUCUUGUUGGAAACAAGCUCACCCAAGCCUGCACACUCCCCGCUGGAAGAGAUGCCUUGGGAGCUGUGCUGACUUACUUCCUGGCAUGCAGUUUCCCUGAGGACCACUCCCAAGACUGUGACUUGGGCAUCUCAGGUAGAAUCCACAUGGUGCAGAAUGACUCUGUGUUUUUGUGGCUUUUUAAAGGGCACGUGGUUAUUUAUACGAAUACAAGUCUUGUAUGGCAAGUUAAAAUUGUAUGAAGCAAAAUGUUAAAAUAAACCUACAGCAUAACUUUAAAAA